ACGAUCACCUCUAAGAACCAGCCUCGACCUUGGUGUGGCCAAGAGUAUAAGAUCACCCGAUCUAAGAGCUCUACAUCAGCAUCGUAACAGAAACAGGAAACGAUAUGAUACAGCAGUGAGAGCCAAAACCUUUUCUUAUUUAACAGUCUAACUUCCCCAUUAGUCAGACGGAAAACAAACAAUUUCCUCUGUUGUCUUCCUCAGAUUAAUAGCACUUGCAGCGCAUCCACUCUGAGUUUAGGCCAGUGUCAUGUCUCAAGGAUAAACUGAUGGAAGAGGUGUAUUGAACAACAGGAUACCCCCAUCUCUAAGUGCACUGCUUCCCAAGAUCAACAUGCUAGCUACAGGAGUUUGGCCUCUGCUGCUUCUCUCACUUCUUUCGUGUUUCUUUCAUUGUGAACAUUUACUUGCUUUUUCGCUGAAAAACUGCACAAUUAUCUAUACAGAAAAAUCAAAUGUGUCAGUCACUUGCACAGAGCGUUACCUCGCUGCUAUUCCAGAUGACAUUCCCAAAAAUGCAGUAUUGCUAAAUCUCAAGUCAAAUUACAUUUCAAAUAUUACCAGGAUGGAUUUGGAAGGUUUAUUCGAGCUCGAAGUUCUAAAUUUGGAAAAAAAUUGGAUUUCACAAAUUGAUGAUGAUGCUUUUGCAGACUUGGUAGAGUUAAAGGUUCUCAUCUUGAGUAUAAAUAGGCUCGCAAAACUGACAAAAAACAUGUUUCAGGGUCUUUCCAAGUUAGAGACGCUGUCUCUGGACUGGAACCAGAUCUCAUUUAUCUCCCCUGUGGCCUUUCAGCCCCUGGUCGGUGUACACUCAGUAGAUUUGAGCUAUAACCUUCUGCAUCAAAUUACAGAUAUUGAUCAGAUUAUUAAACUCCCAACUUCACAACAUUUGUUUGUCUGUUACAACAACUUUACUUCGUUUCAGUCAGAUGACCUCCAUGUAAAUACCUCAAACCUACUCACUCUAAGUUUGGAUUCAGUGAAAAAGUUCAGCAUUACAAGAGACAUUUUUCCUCAUCUGCAGUCUCUGGACUUGCGAGCCUGGACCGGGGACAUCGAGUGGGAAGUAUCAAACAAGACUUUUUUAAAGAGCCUAACGAGACUGCAAAUGAGUGGAACUUCUCUUAGCUUUGAGGUGUACAGAGCAAUUCUGCAGACUGUUUACUCUCUUCAAGAGCUUCAGAUGGAUAACAUAAAAAAGUGGAUAGAUGAUGGUCUCAUAGACGUCGCCUGCCAAAUUCAUUCUCUUAAAACUCUGAAUGUAAGCAGUAGUAAGAUUCACACCUUAAAGGAGAACAUGCUGCAGUCUUGUUCUCACCUAACUAACCUCAAUUUAUCAUCUAACCAUAUAGAGAGCGUGGCUGAUAAUGCGCUCCAAUCAAUGACACAGCUCAGAAGCCUGAUAUUACAAAAUAAUUAUCUGUCUGAACUGCCAGUGGCCGUCCAAGGACUCACCACACUGGAAGUCUAUGACCUUAGCAUCAAUGACAUCAGUGAACUUUACUGUCCUUACUUCUGGAAUUUAACAAGCCUAACAAUACUCGAUCUGAGCCACAAUCGUAUAUCCUAUAUCUAUGAGUGUGUUUUUGAAAAUUUAAACAAUUUAAAAAUCCUAAAUCUUGAAAACAAUAAGAUUUCAUCAUUCGAUUAUUCUUUCAAAUUUAAAUUACAGACACUGGACUUUUUGUAUUUGAAAAAUAACGAGCUUAUAAAUCUCUUUCAAGGAGUUUUCAGUAAUCUGUCUUCCCUUCGUUAUUUGAGUUUAGAUGUACACAUGUGUAACAAUGUGGAGGAAGGAGGGUUAAAGGGACUCCAUAACCUCCAGUUCCUUCUUAUGCAAGGUGAUAUUUAUUUUUAUGAGCAUUUCAGUGGACUGCCAAACUUAAGCACUCUGAUCCUAAAUGUUGUUUCUAGCCUGCCACAUAACAGCUCUGAACAAAGGGAUAAGCCUUUCUCAAAUUUACCCAAACUGAGGAAACUUCAUAUCAAGGUUCAUAAAGGUUAUUACGAUAUUUCCAAAGAUGUUCUCAGUGGUCUGACUUCUUUAGAGUCCUUAAGGACAGAGGCAUACUUCAUGGGAUCUUUGCACCCAGACACAUUUAAACACACACCGCAACUGAAACGUGUUACGAUAACUUACAGCGAGCUUUCAGUUUUAACAUCUGACGUGUUCUUACCAAUUCCAAACCUGAUGAUGCUCGACCUCUCCAACAAUAAACUCAGGUCUUUGGAUUUUUUGGCAGAGGCCAAACUGCCAGCACUCAGGUGGCUCGAUGUCAGUAACAAUGAAUUGUUCGUAAUCAGCGAAACAGUCAUCCAAUCCCUUUUAACCAUGAAAUAUCUGGAUCUGUCUGCUAACCUUUUAACAUGUGAAUGUUCUAAUUAUGGUCUUAUCCAUUGGAUUCAAAGCAGCAAACAGACGCAGGUUGUUAAUGCACAUCAGUACACUUGCGCGUUUCCUGUCAGCCAACGGGGAAACAAAUUCCUUGACUUUGGUUUUGACUCCUGUUGGAUAGAUGCUGCCUUGCUCUGCUUCCUUUUUAGUUCUAGUCUAGUUGUGCUUACUCUCCUUGCAUCCUUCAUCUACCACUUCCUGAGGUCACACCUCACUUAUGCCUACUACCUCUUCCUGGCCUUUCUCUAUGAUAAUAAGAGGAGGAAGAAAGGUAUUCCUCACAGCUACGAUGCCUUUGUCUCCUACAAUGUUCGUGAUGAAGCUUGGGUCUGCGGAGAGUUGCUUCCAGAGCUGGAGGGUCAGCAGGGCUGGAGACUCUGUCUGCACCACAGAGACUUUGAACCAGGUAAGCCCAUCGUAGAAAACAUUACAGAGGCCAUCUAUAGCAGCAGAAAGACUAUCUGUGUGAUCAGCCAGCAUUACCUGCAGAGUGAGUGGUGCUCCAAAGAAAUCCAGAUGGCCAGCUUCCGUCUCUUCAAUGAGCACAAGGAUGUGUUGAUCAUGGUGUUUCUGGAGCACAUACCAGCCAAGCAGCUGUCUCCGUACUACCAAAUUAGGAGUCUGGUGAAGAAGCGCAGCUACCUGAGUUGGCCACAGGCUGUUCAGCACACUGGAGUCUUCUGGCAGAAAAUACAACAAGCUCUCUCGAGAGAAGAAACCCCUGCUGAGCACAGGCGCCUCCUCACUGGACACCAGAGAGUCAUCCAGUGAGAUUUAAUCUAGGUGGGAAAAUCACAGAUUGUAUAUACAUAUUGUAUAUAUAAACAGAGGGGUCACGCUAAUGCAGGAACGGCUAAACAUGCAUUACUUCUAAUGCCCAGCAGGGGGAAACUCCUGUGGCUUGAAGUCUAUGGGUAAACAGCCCUAUGGUGCCUUGACCUGUGACCUCAGUGAACACUUUGUUGUCUGGUGGACUUUCCUGGAGUUUAUGGACUCGGUCAAAAGUGUCAAGUGUUAUUUCAUGUUGUCUGUUUUAUAAAUGUAGAACUCAAUGUAACAAGAAUUAUAUGUGCAUUUUUAUUAACGCAUGUACCGAAUUGUAACAUAUUAGCAUGUUUGUUGUGCUCAUCCUGUCAGGAGUAAAUAUACUGAAUGACAUUUCUUGCCAUAACACUGUGAAUAAACUUUUUUCAUAGUGGAUGUGCUUACAAAGAAAUGCUAUUAUAAUAUAAUAUAAUAAAAUAAUAAUGAGACUGAUGAAGAGGAGCACUUACUUGAACUGGCUACAGGCUGUUCAACACACUGGAGUCUUCUGCCAGAAGACUAAAUGUAUUUUCUACUUAAUCAUCUUAUAUUAUUUGUAUUUACAGAUAUGAUUAAUUGUGUGUUACAAAAAAUAUAACAUGUAUGGUUUCUUGUUACUUGUACUAAACUGUCACACGGUCACACGGAUGUAUCCUUGCUGUCCUAAUGCUUAGCCAGCACACUGCUGGCUUCCUUGAUACGUCACCUGACGAUCACACUACCUGAGGGCUGGAGUGACAGUCAGCAGCAGCAGUAUUGGGGUAGCUAAUGCUUUUUUGUUGUUUUUUUAUUGAUGCUCUGAUUAUGUGGAAUGGUAUGAGUUUUUGUACUAUAUCAUUUUACUGGCAUGUGGAAAGUGUAUUUAAAAUAAAGGUAAUUCAGUGG